UUAGACUCCUCUAGUUUAGCUAAGAACUCGGUUGAGGGUUUCCACUUAGUGGUACCUGCAGAACCGGCACGUUCUUAUAUCAUGGAUCCUAUUCUAUUAAGAAGACACCUUGGAAACACAUCAUCGUUUGUCGCAUCGGUCCUGCAGAAGCUCGGUGCCAAUUCAACCUGUAAGCUUAGUAAAAAAACGGUAUUCACUGACAGCUUGGAAAAGCAACAGGCCUCAGCGACACUCUCAGAGGAAAGCGAGGGUGCCAACGGACAAGGAUCAGAACGUACAACUAAUUUCUGCGGUGGUCUUACUCCAGAAACGGUUUUAGCUGCAAUUCAUAUCUGCAAAGCCAUUGGUAGUCAGAUCAACUACCAGUUAAACCUGUUGGGCUUUGAUUAUGUCAUCAUAGGUAAUGCAUGCAACGACCGUAUAGAAUUGCAUUUCGGAGUCGCCCGACAGGCAAACGGCGGCGAACCUAACUUGGACGUGACUGAAAUGUGUGAACAUGAGCGAAAACGGACAGUCAACAAAGCGUACAUUACUUCAUCAGACGAAUCAGGAGGUGCGUGUAAUUGGAAACAGGUGCGCGAUAUUUUUGAUGUUGAGCUGGACGAUUAUGUAGACGAUACAGUUAAUAGCCUCACGCAAAAUGCUAGAGCGGUGGAUUACAACAAACGCGACACAGUGGGCAACAGACGUGAUCUGUUGUUAACGGACAUACGGCAGAACAAUGACAUACGGUACCUGGCGGCAGAAGGAGGUGCAGCAGCGCUGCAAGAAGAGUUCGACAGUAUUAAUGGAGAUAAUCGUGUAUAG